UCUCUCGCUCGGGUCGUUACUUGGUACUUGGCAAGUACUUGAAUUUGGUUAGAUAUAUAAACGGGACUGUGGUUACCGGUAUGCAUCAGUACUAGUCCCAAAGUCAGCUGCGGUGGAUUCGUCCCUCAACAUUCAGUGCAAAAUGAAGUUCUUGAUUGUGACCAUCGCUCUGUUCGUUCUGGCCGUGGCCCUCGUGUCCGCGCUGCCGGCCGUCAACGACGAGUCGCUCCUCGGCGGGGACGUGUACGAGGCCGAAGUGGACGGCAGCUUCAACCCCCAGGACCCGCAGGCCUUUUUCAAGCUGAAGAAACUGAAGAAGCUGCUGUUCCUGGGCUAAGAAGGGUGUUCCUCUUUCGCAGCAGCAUGGAGCAUCUCAGCCGUUGCAGUCUAUCUAAGCUUAGAGAGAAAAACCAUACAGUCACUUCCAAAUCAUUUUGUAGCUUUAGUGUUUUUUUAGUAGCAUUUGUAAGGAGGACGAAUUAAGAAUGAAAAGGACAAGUCAAGACAGAGUCAUGUGCAAUCUGAAGUCAGCUCACAAACAUAUUCUAAUACAGAACAAACACACAGACACACAAACACAGGAUCAACACAUGGACACGGUCGGAACCGAAAGAGAGUGGACCAUAUUUAAGAAUUUCAACGUUGAGAAGGUUCACAAACACCAACCCACAAGCACUGAAGAAUGCAAUAUUGUAUUAUUAGUUUUUUUGUUUUUGUAAAUAAAGCCACCUUUUUGCUAAACCAGUAAAA